UCCUUCUUCCCCCCCCCCACCGCCCUGCUCUCCUGCUCUUCCCGGCUGAUCCCCCUGCUGACAGGCACCUCUCAGGAGAUCGAAGUCGACGCUCAGAACCUGGAGACGGACGACGUGGAGGUGGUGGAGGGGGGAGUGGCCACCAUCAGCUGCCGGGUCAAGAACAACGACGACUCCGUCAUCCAGCUGCUGAAUCCCAGCCGACAGACCAUCUACUUCAGGGAAGUCCGACCUCUGAAGGAUAACCGGUUUCAGCUGGUGAACUUCUCGAGCAGCGAGCUGCGGGUCUCCCUCUCCAACGUCUCGCUGGUCGACGAGGGCAAGUACGUCUGCCAGCUCUACACCGACCCUCCGCAGGAAGCCUACGCCACCAUCACGGUUCUCGUCCCCCCCGAGACCCCGACCAUCGACGCUGACAAGGACGUGGUGAACGAAGGGGACGAGGUGGAAUUCACCUGCAGCACCAGCGGCAGUAAGCCGGCCGCCGUGAUCACGUGGAUGAAGGGCGACGAGGAGAUACCAGAAAGCACAAGCACCUUUGAAGAGGAGGAGAAGCUGUUCAACGUGACGAGUAAGCUGGUGAUGCGGGUGAGCCGGCUGGAUGACGGACUGCCCGUCACCUGCCAGGUGGAACACCCGGCCGUGAAGGAUCUGCAGGCCGUGAAGGAGCUGCAGGCUCAGCGAUACUUGGAUGUGCUAUGGAAUGGUUUACCAGAAGAUGCUUGGUGUUGGCGGGAACACGGGGGUGCGCUGGGGCAGGAGACCCCGAGCGGCUGCGUGCAGCUACAGCCGGCGGCGUGGAAGGUCACUGGCGCGCCCACGCUUGUCUGGCAGCGGCUGGACGAGGAAAUGCCGGAGCGGGCCAUUUUGUCCAUCGAGAACCUGGUCCUGGAGUCCCUGAACAAGUCCGACAACGGGACGUACCGCUGCAAGGCCUUCAACGACAUCGGGGAGUCCCAUGACGACUACCUCCUCUACGUCUACGAUGCACCCACCACCCCACCACCCACUACAACCAUCAUCACCACCACAAACUUCCCUACCAUCUCUAAAGCCACAUCGCCGACUGCAGAGCCAUCAAGUCACGACCCGAGAGCGGGCACCGAGGUCGCGGGAUCGGUCGACCAUGCCGUCAUCGGGGGAGUGGUGGCCGUCGUCGUCUUCGCCAUCCUGUGCCUGCUCAUCGUCCUUGGACGAUACUUCGCCAGACACAAAGGCACGUACUUCACGCACGAGGCUAAGGGGGCAGACGACGCCGCGGACGCGGACACGGCGAUCAUCAACGCGGAGGGCGGGCAGAACAACUCCGACGAGAAGAAGGAGUACUUCAUUUAAGCCGAGUGCGGUCAGUCGGAGGUGUCCAACUGUUGACAUCUUGCCGGUUGGAUGUUACUUUUCUUUUGGCAUGGUGGACAGGAGCGAGUCGUGUACAGUGUUGGGGUUGAGGGUCCCUCGGGUGGGAAACACAGGCGGUUCAUUUGGGCGACUUCCACAGUUUGACACCUCUGCGACGGCCCGAGCCAGUCUUGGACUUAGUUUAGAGCCUCCCAUUUGCAGAAAACUCCGUGCCUUGUUUUCCCUGCAGACACGCCAGCCUGUUGAACGAUUGCUGUUCGGAAAGCCGGGCGGAGCUAGAAACUCCCCUCCCUUUCUACCCCCGUAGCGAUCCGCGGCGGGCCCAAUGUUUUGUUUCCGCCGCAGAGGGAUGCGGAGCGAGCACUUUUCUGCAAGUGAAGGGUUUUUCUUUUCCUUCUUUUAUUUCGGGUGUGGCGAGACUGACGCUAAUUUUGUCCUCUUCUGUAGACGGUGCGAUGUAGGGUACCUCAAACUGUCCGGCCAUUUCUUUUUCCUUUUAUUUUAUUUUAUUUUAUUUUUUUUUUGCACAAGUGACCGGGCAUCUGCAGCGAAACGCAUUUCGUGCCUGGCCAAGGCCGGUCUUUCGCCUUUUCUGUGAUGCAGAGGCUGUGUUGAUACACCACGGUGGGAGCUAAAAAGCUCUCGUUUUUAAAAGAUCUCAUCAGUCUUUCUCAAUUGGCCUUAUUCUUAAUAUGGUUUGCCAAAAAAAUAAAACAAUUAUCCACGCUCACGAUCCCUGUUGCAACGUUCGUAACCCCUGACCCCCCCCCCCCAAGGGUGUUCAUUGCCGCCUUGGGGGAGGGGGAGGUGAAUGAUUCGGACAGUUCAAUUUGGAUUCAUAAACACAGCAUGGAUUUAAAAAGGCACAAUCCCUUUCUUCACAUCUGCACGGUUUAUAUUUAAAACUUUCAUGGAUUGUGUGUGCAUAGAUCCCUUUAAACAGCUGUGCGUGUGUGAGUGCGCGUGUUUUUUUUUAAGAAGAAAAGAAGAGAAUCGAGGCCGUCAUGGAAGUCUUUGUGUCCUUGUGAAAUGCUACUCGUGUUCUAUUUAAAAGGUUUAAUUAAAACUGAUCAAAACGCUGUACAGGAGGCUGUAGUAUUUAAAUGGAAGUUAAUCGUAUAUCCUGCUUGGAUCACUCAUCCGUCCUGUGUCUGCCAUUAUUAAGGGAUAGUGCCUCUUUAAAGAGCGAAGAAGUUGCCUUAAAAAAAAAUAUGAUACUACCACCUUGUGUUUUGGCAUAAACAUUUUUCGAUACCCCACCCCUCCUCCGAAACCCCACCACCCACCCCCCAACACCCAAAUCAUUUACCCAGCAGAGGAAGCGAGAAUCUGCCAAGGCAUCUCGUUUGGAACGCUUCUGCCAAACAGAACGUUUGCCUCCCGGACCCGUCGCUCCGCAGUUUGGGGGUGGGGUGGGGGGGGGGGGGGGCGAGGCGCCUUGGCAGAUUCCGGAUUCAAGGCAAGAUCUCUUCCCCUGCCCUCCACCCAGUACACAGCCCAGUGACAUAGCUUUACCCGAAGAGGGUUCGUUUUAGGCUAAUUUUCUUUCGAGGGUAUUUCCCCCCCCCCCUUCCACCACCCCCCAACCCCGAGAUUUAUCGUCACAACGCGCGAUACACUAUCAUAUCUUUCAGAGUGGACCGGGGAGAGUGAGUUAGCCCCACAGCGUGUCCCGCGCGGGAGCGUGCCGUGCCUCAGUGGCGCUGUGGGAGCCCGCGGCGGCUGUGUCCAUCUUAGUCCAGGCUCGCCGAGCUUCCUCGGCAAGUUCCAGGGGAGCGGAGGUGGAUUGCUGGAGGGUGUCACGCCCGCGUGAUCCUUGACGACAAACAAAAAUAACACUCGGUAACUCCGCCUGAGAGGAAAAGAGGUCACCACAGUAGUGCGGGGAAUGUGAUGUCACGCUCUAACUUAAAUAAGAAGUGGUUUAACGUGUCUUGUCGCUGUUUAAAAAUCUCUUGGAGUAACUUGCGCCCCCCUCUCCCCCUUGGCUUUAGGUUUUUGAUCUGUACGACAGUGUGGUAGUGUUACUGAAGUUGGUCUAAUUAUUUUUCAGAAAAAGCAGUUCAGACUUGUUGUGUCUCAGGAAUGUGCGUUCCGAAUGGCUCUUUGCAAAGGAUGUGCCCCCCCCCCCCCCUCCGCCCUCCGUCCCUUCCCACCCACACACACACGCGCGCGCGCGCACAUCUAAACGUGGCAAAUUCAAGAGUUUCGGUCGUACAUGUUCCUUUCCGUUGUUGCGUGAGAAUCCGUUUUGGUUUGGGUCGAAUUCCUCUCCGAUGCAGUGCACUGUUUCGAUUGUAAUUUGUAUUACUUUGUAUAGAGUUAGUUCGACUAAUUGGGUAUGUCAUGUGCAAAAACGAGUAUUGUGCAAAAUUGGUUUUAAAAAAAAAUGGGUACAAAGUUAAAGAUUAUUGCUGUGUUCCAUAUGCAUAUUAGGUCUAAGCCUUUAGGCACCACGGCUGUUUGCUUCGGGCAUUUCUCAUUUGUUGUGUACACACGGGCUCUGUUGUGUAUUGAUAGGACCUCCCAUUGUUCUCCACACCGUUCCUUUUUAUUUUGUACCAUUUCAUGUAUGCCAUUUUUACAGGAGAAAAAAAAAAGUCUAGAAAAAAAACUACUGAAGCGUUAUUGACUUCUUAAUAAAAAAAAAGUUAAAUGUU